UGAGGAGAACAGCACAAGCCGAGCGCGAGAGGGACUGCAGUCUUUAUCCGCCUCACUCUCCUCGUUCCUUAGUGGUAUUUUCCAGGGAUCUGAAGAUCUGGAGCGCAUGGCCUCUCGGGUUGCCUCUUCAGCUUCAACAUGCACUAGCUUUGGCGGAGCAGGUGGUGCAGACGACGAAAAUGCUCAGGGAUUGUCAACCCCUUCAGCAGGGUAUCAAAGUCAUUAUGAAGGGCUGGAUGUGCAGGAUCCAUACCUAGUUGACUAAUAGCGAUGCGAUAGUAGAAGUUAUCGCGCGUUAGAAAUGAUUUUGAUUGUAUGAAUCAUAUAUUGUAUUGCAACAUAAUAUGAUGUAUUGCAUGAUAUGAAUAUAUCCUCUAAUGUCGGCAGUUAGCUGCUUGUGGGGCGAUGGCUUCGACGGGGGUUGCGGGCAAAACGCCGAGUAUUUUCUGGGUCGGCGAGCGGUAUGAACUAUACCCAUCGGGGGUGGAGAUGACAGUUGAAGACGAUGGUGGCCUCUUCCGCUGCCGGGAACAGCAACCCAAAAAGUCUAGCAAUAAAGUUUCCAUAGCAGCUCUCUCUCGGACAAGCGUUGAGACUACAAGUCGCAGCAGUUCUAGACGAGGGGAUGCAGAUGCACGAGGAGGUGGCAUGGAUACUAUUCGUGGAAAUUGUUCCAAAAAGAACAAGGAUUCUAGUAGUAGUACAACUGGUACUGCCUCCUGCCAAGAGAACAUAAACAAUACUGCUUCGAGCUCAGGUAGCAUUUCCGCGCCGCCGCUUGCCAGCCUGUUGCACAGGUCGGAUUCCCUAGGUGCUAUCGCGUUCCACGACAAGAAUGCGG